AUGAGUACUACUAAAGGUAACAAUAUUGCUGGAGGUUUGUUAACACCUUCGAAUCACCCCAUUGUUAUAGCCGAUAAAUUUGUUAUUGAAAAAGAAAUAGGGAAUGGAUCUUUUGCCACUGUCUACAAAGGCCACUUGCUUUCUAACAAAAGUGAAAGUGUUGCGAUUAAAGCUGUAUCUAGAUCGAAGCUUAAAAAUAAGAAAUUACUCGAAAACUUAGAGAUUGAGAUUGCUAUUUUGAAGAAAAUUAAGCAUCCACACAUUGUGGGACUUAUGGAAUGCGAGAAGAUAUCAUCUGACUUUUAUCUUAUAAUGGAAUAUUGCGCUUUAGGCGAUUUGACUUUUUUUAUUAAAAAGCGCAAGCAUCUUGUUGAAAAACAUCCAUUUUGUCGAACACUAUUUGAAAAAUAUCCUCCUACCAGUGAAGAACACAAUGGGUUAAACCGAGUGCUAGUCAUCAAUUUUUUGCAGCAGUUAUCAUCCGCUUUAAAAUUCCUUCGUUCCAAAAAUUUGGUACAUCGAGAUAUUAAACCACAGAAUUUAUUGCUUUCAGCUCCACUACUUGAUUAUGACAAUGCAAAAAGUUUCCAUGAAAGAGGUCUUGUUGGAAUUUACAAUCUACCUAUUCUGAAGAUUGCGGACUUCGGCUUUGCCAGAUUUCUACCUAACACUUCGCUAGCCGAAACAUUAUGCGGCUCUCCGCUAUACAUGGCUCCAGAGAUUCUAAACUAUCAAAGGUAUAAUGCCAAGGCGGAUUUAUGGUCUGUUGGCACUGUAUUGUAUGAGAUGUGUUGCGGAAGGCCACCAUUUAAGGCUUCGAAUCAUUUAGAACUAUUUCAAAAGAUAAAAAAAGCUAAUAAUGUUAUAAAUUUCCCAAAAUGUGUUGAGUUAGAACCAGCAAUGGUUGAUUUGAUAUGCAGCUUACUUACAUUUGAACCCGCAAAGCGGAUGGGCUUUAAUGAUUUUUUUAAUAAUGAGCUCGUGAACGAAGACCUUUCACGUUAUGAACAAGAAUCGGAACCUGAUCUUGAAACAAAAUCCAGAAAUGUAGUAGAAAGUAACAUGUUUAUUUCUGAGUAUUUGAAUGGAAAGGAUAAGAAUAGAAAGUUAUCUUCACUUCAACUAUCAAUUUCUAAGGAUUUAGUCGAAUCCUCACAACAUCAAACACCACCCACUAUAAAACAGGUCUCUAACAAGGACAUAAAGCCACUUCAUGGAGAUCAAAAUGCAUUUGCUACUGCGACAGCUAUUGGUUCAAAAAACUAUAGGGCUUACGAUAAUUCUAAGUCUUGCUUUUCAGCAUUGCUUCUCGAAAAGGAAUACGUUGUUGUCGAAAAAAACAGUGUGGAAGUGAACGCAUUAGCUGAUGAGUUUGCGCACGCUGGCUCUGGCCUACAAGCUAUUAGGGCACCUGAACAAUGUGUGCGAGGUGCAUCGCAGACUGUUACAGGUAGUCGUCAGUCGUCAACAUCAACGAGUCCAAUGGCAAAUAAUACGAAACAAAAUUUGUUGCGUCAUAAUUCGGGUGGCAUGUCGUCUGGUGGCGGGUCCACUUCAAGGCGACCAUCUAUUGUUGAUCGCAGACUAUCGCUUUCAUCUUUAGGAGCCACCAAUGCAUUAUCCAAGGCCCUAGGUAUGGCGUCCUUGAGAUUAUUCGGUAACAACCAACAACAUUCUGGAACUGCAACUUUUACUCAAGGAGGUGCACUAUCCCCACUAUCUAGUCCUCAAGUAUUUCAGGAUAUGAUAGAGCAAUUGGUAUUAAAUGCAGACCAUCAAUGGGAUAACUCAAAACUCUUCGACAUCAUACACGAUGAUGUCAUCUUAAAGGCUGUGGAGAAUCUGACCGUAAAGGCAUAUGUGAUAUAUUCAUUUGCAGAGGUUAAAUUCCAGGAAGUUACCCAGGUCUUAUCUGGUUCGGGCCACGAUUUGACUCCAAAGAGGUCCAUUGAUGAUGAGAGUGCUGUUGAUAAUGUAGAUGACGAAACAGACGGUAAGACCACGCCCGAAAAGAGGCAACACUAUGCUCCCGCUGCAAAUUCCAACAGCGAUCAGCAUUACCAACCAUUGACUGAGUCAACUAAUGAACUGCAUGUUGACGAGAAGUCACAACAAGAAUUAAACGAAUUAUGCACAGAAACAAUCGUGCUAUAUAUGAAAGUUUUAUCCCUAUUGGCGUACGCUAUGCAUUUAACAUCGAGAUGGUGGCACGAAUCUGCAGAUAGAAGCUGCUCUUUCAAGCUUAAUAUAUUAGUUCAGUGGAUUAGGGAAAAAUUUAAUGAAUGCUUGGAAAAAGCUCAAUAUCUAAGGAUAAAAAUCCAGUCUAUGCAUUUAACUCUUGAUGCUGAGAAACAAUAUCCAUCACCUGAUUUAGAACCCCAUGCUCCAGUAUUUGUAGAGAAAUUGAUAUAUGAUAGGGCAUUAGAUAUUUCCAAGUUUGCUGCAAAAAUGGAAAUGCAAGGGGAGAAUUUAGAGAACUGUGAACUGGCUUAUUCUAAGUCCUUGUGGAUGUUAGAAUCCUUACUAGAUGUGAUUAACGAAGAAGAUAAUUAUGAUGCGGACAAUCUGGGCCAUACGGGCGUCUUAGACAGUGCUGACAAGGACAUGAUCAAGAUAUAUAUUGAUAGCAUUGCUAAUCGUUUAAAAGCGCUAAGAAGGAAGAUUAGUCGUUGA